CUUAAGCUAUGGAUUCCUCAUCAACUCAAAGUGGCCGUGACCAAAUGGCUUCAAAAGAUUGUGACACCAUCAUUCCGGCAGCCAAAUACCCUUCCUCCCGACGAACACUUUCUUCUUCGUCGUCAUCUUCACUCGGAUCUUUGUAUUUUCCGGAGGAUUCACCUCUGAGUCCUGCUACACCACUCCGAUUUUCCGGUGUACCCUUUUCUUGGGAGCAUUUGCCAGGGGUUCCUAAGAAGAAGCUAGAAGAUGAGAAGCAAAAAGGGUCCAUAAAGUUGCUGCCAUUACCUCCCCCGGCCACUCCACCCACCUCCAAAAGGAACAACUUUGAAGAGAUUUUAGCCCGGAAAAAAGCAUCGAAUGCAGGCGGGAAGGAUCCAUUUUUCGCGGCGAUGGUGGAAUGUUGCAAAGAUGAUAAUGAUGAAGAAUCAGGAAGCAAUUUAUGGAGUGGAGUUAAAGUAACAAGGAGUAUCAGUGACAGGUUGGGAUUUAUUAAUCUCUACUCUUCUUGUAAAAGAACCUGUGCUGUCUCGGAAUCAGUAGUGUAUCUGCCAAGGUCUAGCAGAACAGCUAAUUACGGCAUACUUACUACUCGUCGCUCAACUUAAACAGAUCCAGUGAUCACAUUCUGCUGCUCUUAAUUUCUCUUUCUUUAAUUUUUCUCUGUUUUAUGUUGCAUAUGAGGACAAGGAUGGAUGAUGUCUGUAAUAUAUAAUAUGAAUAGAAAGCUGAAAUGUUGCCUCUGCCUUUUGUCUUUUUUAAUGAAUGAAUGAAGGAAUUGGGCUGUUUGAUCAUGAGUUACUAGAAACAAUGAUAUAAUAAUUUACUUGUGCUGGAUGUA